AUAUGCACACUCCGCAAAUUGGAACGUGGCUCGGUGCAAGCCCCGGGGUAGAAUAACGGUUUCAUUGGGUUGGUGGUAUGUACAAGACAACCACGACCUCUCGCUCUCUUUCUCUUCUCGCAGCAUUCAUUCUUUUCGAGCAAGAUGCAUUCCAACACUCUCGCUUUUGCCAUUGUUGCUCUCUGCACUCCUUUCGUCUUCGCAGCCCCCGGCCACAAGCAUGACGACGGGUGGUCGAGCACGCAAUGCUACACUGAUUUCGGGGCGCAUCCGGCUCCGUAUUAUACUGAAUGGACCACUUCCUACCGGCACUGCACCCGCACCCAUAAAGUGACGCAAACCGUCACUGCCACAGCACCGACCAGCACUAUCACGUCUACCAUCUCUAUAUCAACGACCGUGACCGCUUCGACCUCCACAUUGACCAAUACACAUACCAACACAAGCACCGCGACGACUACAACCACUACGGUGCGUCGAGCAUGCCUGGAUCCGCCAUCGUCUUCGCUGACUCGAUAGCAGACUACUGAUACUACUACGACAAGUACCAGUACAACGCUGUUGGCCAGUUCCACCAUUCCCGCCAAUCCGACAUUCCAGAAUGUUCAAGACACCUGCUUCGGAUGCGCAUACAAUGGCAUCGGUGAAGGCUUUGAACCUGCAACAGGGAGACGAGAUCUUUCCGCGAAAGGCAGAGGC